AUGGCAGUCUUCCUGACCCUUCUGGCGGCGCUGUCCCUGGCGUGCAUCGCCACCCUGAUCUACAGGCGCGUCGCGCGGCGGCAUCCGGCCAAGGCCCCCGCCGGGCAGCACGCCGCGGCCCCACCGCCCGCGGACGCCCAAGCGGCCGGGGACGGCCGCGACGAGUCCCGUGUGCGCAUCCUGUUCGGCACGCAGACGGGCACGGCGGAGAAGUUCGCCAAUCAGAUCGCCAAGGCGCUGGGCGAGGCGUACGGCGAGGGAGUGACACCGGUGGUGGAGGACCUGGAGGAGUACGCGUUCGCGGGUGCCCUGGCGCGGGAGGCCGUGGCGCUUUUCGUGGUGGCCACCUACGGCGACGGGGACCCCACGGACAGCGCAAUGGAGUUCGACGGGUGGCUGACGGACUGCGAGGUGGCCGGGGAGGCGAUUUUCGAGGGCCUGCAGUAUGGUGUUUUCGCCUUGGGAAACACUGAGUACGAACACUUCUGCGCCUUUGGGAAGAAGGUGGACCGCACACUGGAACAGCUUGGUGCGGAGAGGAUUGUCAAACGGACAGAUGGUGAUGACAGCAGCUGUAUCGAAGAUGAUCUCGAUGACUGGAUUGUCAACCUGUUGGCAGGGUUGGACAAGCGAGGAUUUGCUGAAAAGAGGGUUCAAAGCACGAAUGGUGCUGCCAACGAGAUUGUGCCUGCGUACGAUGUGGUAAUUGCGGAAAAUUGCCGUGAUGAGAGAAAGCUGUCAGCCUAUGACCGGACUGGGACGAGUGGUGGCGGCUCAGCUGGUCACACUGUGAGCCUGGCACUGGUUGACGAGGUUCGUGAGCUGCACAGCAAUUUGUCUGAAAGAUCCUGCGUCCAUGUGGUGCUCAACACAAACGAACUCAACUAUGAGCCUGGGGACCACGUGGCGGUGGUCCCUGAGAAUUCAGAGGAGAUCGUCCAGGAAGCAGCAAAAGUGCUGGGUGUGGAUUUGGACACUGUUUUCACCCUGAAACAGCAGGAAGGCAACCCUCACAAGCUCCCCUCACCCUUCCCUGGUCCGGUGACGUUGAGGACAGCACUCAAGACUUUCGCUGACCUGACGGCAUCACCAAGGAAAUCGGCCUUCCCUGCACUGGCAGCCUUUGCCACAAACCAGGAGGAAGCCCAGCGUCUGAAAUUCUUGUGCUCAGCCGAUGGUAAAGCGGAGUACAAGAAAUGUGUUCUGGACUGUCGCAUGAGCCUGCUGGAACUAUUCCAGGAUUUUCCAUCUGUGAAGCCAACCCUGGGUGCCUUUUUUGCUAGCAUCUGCCCAAGGCUGCAACCACGAUAUUACUCCAUAUCAUCAUCGCCAGCCAUGCAUCCCAACAAGAUCCACAUAACAGCAGCAGUGGUGGAUGAGGUGAAGCCAUCUGGCAGGCCGCACAAGGGAGUGUGCACCAACUGGCUGAAGGUGCAGGCUCCUGGGGCCUUUGCUCUCAUCCACGUUCGCAAGUCUCACUUUCGGCUGCCAUCUGACCCUGAGGUGCCAGUCAUCAUGGUUGGCCCUGGUGCUGGUCUGGCGCCCUUCCGCGGGUUCCUGCAGGAGAGGUCUACACUGCAACAGAAAGGUCAUCAGCUCGGUCCGGCACUGCUGUUCUUUGGGUGCCGCAGCCGAAAGAAGGACUACAUCUAUGAAGAGGAACUCCAACAGUAUCUGGAAGAUGGCGUCAUCACAGAACUGUACACAGCCUUUUCAAGAGAUCAGGAGGAGAAAGACUAUGUGCAGCACCACCUCUUUGCAAACAGGGACAAGGUGUGGGCAGCAUUGAAUGGGGGCCGCAAGGGAGUUUUUUAUGUGUGUGGGGAAGCAGCACACAUGGCCAGGGAUGUGCAUGAUGCAUUGAGAGACAUCGUGCAGCAUUGUCAAAACUGCACAGCUGCAGAGGCAGAGAAUGUAGUUAAGGCACUGGGCGACCAGGGACGGUACCAGAAGGACAUCUGGUAG